ACUGCGUCUAUUUCGAGACGUCGUCGACGUCUCCGUACCAGAUCCGGCGGAUAGAGGAACUGAACAAGACGCCUUCGGGCAACGUGGAGGCAAAAGUCAUGUGUUUCUACAGACGACGGGACCUUCCCAAUCCCCUAAUACAGUUAGCUGAUAAGCAUCAAAUGGCCCAGUCAGAAGACUCACCGGUCGCGAUGAAACUCAAGAAAAUAUGCCUUAAAACGCCGGUAGGCGAGGAACAGGCGGCACAAGCAGUUCUCGACCCUGCGCUAGAAACAUAUUGGCGUUCCCCAGCGGCGAUGGAGGAGGAAUCUAGCGAUCUGCCAGGCACAGACGGCCUGGCGCCAAAGCAGCGGCACCAAGCUAAACACCGCGAGCUGUUCCUUUCGCGGCACAUGGAGACGUUGCCGGCCACGCACAUCCGCGGCAAGUGCACCGUCACGCUACUCAACGAGACAGAGUCGCUGCUCAGCUAUCUCAAUAAGGAUGACGCAUUUUUUUAUUGUUUAGUAUUUGAUCCUUCACAAAAGACUUUAUUAGCAGAUAAGGGAGAAAUCAGAGUUGGAAGUAGAUAUCAGACUGAAGUAACUAAUUUAUUAAAAGAAGGCGAGGAGGACGGUCGCAGCGGCGAGGAGCUGGAGACGCUGGUGUGGACGCCGGAGCACGGGCUGACGGACCGGCAGAUCGACCAGUUCCUGGUGGUGUCGCGCUCCGUGGGCACGUUCGCGCGCGCGCUGGACUGCUCGUCGAGCGUGAAGCAGCCCAGCCUGCACAUGUCCGCCGCCGCCGCCAGCCGGGACAUCACACUCUUCCACGCGAUGGACACGCUACACAAGUCCGGGUACAGCAUAGAGGCGGCGCUGUCGUCGCUGGUGCCAGCGUCCGGGCCGGUGCUGUGCCGCGACGAGAUGGAGGAGUGGUCCGCCUCCGAGGCCAACCUGUUCGAGGAGGCGCUCGACAAGUACGGCAAGGACUUUGCUGACAUACGGCAGGACUUUUUGCCAUGGAAGACGCUAAAGAAUCUUGUGGAGUACUACUACAUGUGGAAAACUACAGACCGCUACGUGCAACAGAAACGCGUGAAGGCGGUCGAGGCGGAGUCCAAGCUGAAACAAGUGUACAUUCCCAACUACAACAAGCCGAAUCCUGCGUUGAUCGCGAACAACAGCGGCGGCAAGAACAGCGCCGUGCUCAACGGCGGCACCAACGGCACCGCCACCGCACAACUCUGCUCCUCCUGUCAAGUAACAAGUUCAAACCAGUGGUAUUCAUGGGGCCCGCAGCAUUUACAAUACAGAUUGUGCGGCUCGUGUUGGCAGUAUUGGAAGAAAUACGGAGGACUCAAGACGGCGGGUGUGUUCGGCGAGACGGAGGUGGAGGCUGCCAAGGGCCCGCGCGGCGACGGCGAGGAGACCGCGCUCUCCGUCUCACACCGCCCGCACCGCUGCACAGUGCUCAACUGUGCCAAGGAGUUCAAGUUGCGCGCCCACCUGGCGCGGCACGUGGCGACGGCACACGGCGGCGGCGAGGGCGCGCGCCCCGUCAUGAAGACGCGCGCCGCCUUCUACCUGCGCGCCUCGCCCUUCACGCGACUGGCGCGCCGCCUCUCGCGCCAUCUGCGCCGUCCCAGGCACCACGCGCGCUCGCCCUUCUCGCCGGUCAACCUGGCGCAGGUCAAGCACGACUGUUCGAUAGCAAUGGCGGGCUUGGGCGGAGCGGAGGGUCGUGCGGUGGCGGCGCGGCUGGCGGCGGCGCGCGGCGCUCCCGUGGCGCCCGGCCGCGCGCACGAUUGGCUGCAGCUCACGCCGCGCGACCGUAUGCCCGCGCCCGACCAUGUCGCCUUCCCCAAGCCACCCAAGGCACCCGACGGUAGCCUGCUGUACGAGCGCGUGCUGUCGCGCGCGGAGCUGGAGGCGAGGCGCGCGGAGGCGACGCCGGGCGCGUUGUCGCUGACGCCACUCGCUGCGCACGCGCAACACGCGCCACACGUGCCGCACGCACCGCACGCGCCCCACGCGCCUGCCGCCGCGCUCAAGCGACGCGCUUACGACGACAUCAACGGACUCGACAGAGCCGGUGGCGACCGCGAGCGCGAGCGUGACUCGGCGCCGCCGCCGGCCAAGCGGCCCAACAAGCACCCCGCUCCCAUGCAGCGACCCUCGCGCGAGCAGUACGCCGAGAUGUGCGCCCGUGCGCAGGCCACCGGACAACCCCUACCUGCACAUGUCUUCACACACGUGAACGGAAAACCGACAAACAUCUCCGGGCGCGGCGGCCGACGCCACGUCAUCUCAUGGAUGGACGCACCCGAUGAUCUGUACUUCAAAGCAACAGACGCGGCCAAAUCGGCACGGCGGACGCUGAGUUGCGGCGAGCUGCGGCGUGGCGCGCGGGCGCCGUGGCGGGCCAUGCGCGGCGGUCACUCGGUGGCGGCGGGCGGCACGGGCGCCGUGCUGGGCGCGGGCGGCAAGAGCGCAGGCGCGGCGCCGCCGCUGCAGCUGGUGGUCCUGGACUGACAGGAGGCGCCGCCCCCGCCACCCGCGCCGCACCCGCCGCACCCCUACACCAUGGAGGCGCUGCUCGGCUGAGCCCGCGUGUACAUUCGCCGUGUAAAUACCCGCCGCCCGCCGGCCCGAGCCCGCGCCCGUGCCCGCGCCUGCGCCAGCGCUCGCGCCCGCGACCGCGCCCGCGCCCGCGUGACGCUAUCCGUUAAGCGAAGAUUGUAUUUUUGGUAAUCGAGUCGCCGAGAAUGGAUUCUGUAGAUAAUAUUUUAAACUAUAUUGUUCUUAUGUGGUUUGAUCUGGCGUCGAGCAAAAUAAUGUAUUUGAUACAUAAAGCGAUAUGUAAGUCUAUUUCAUUCGGAGAUUCAUUGUAGGAUAAUUUACAAUUUUUUUCAUAAAUAAAGCACAAAUCGAAACA